AUUGGGAAGAAGAACAAGUGAGCAGUCCAAAUAUUCUGAGACUUAUUUAUCAAGGAAGAUUUCUUCAUGGCAAUGUAACACUAGGAGCAUUAAAAUUGCCCUUUGGCAAAACAACAGUGAUGCAUUUGGUGGCUAGAGAGACAUUGCCAGAGCCAAAUUCUCAAGGGCAGAGAAAUCGUGAAAAAACUGGAGAGAGCAAUUGUUGUGUGAUCCUGUAGAAGCGCCACUGUAUCUGCUACUUGUGAUGUAGAAUAGUUUUUGUCUCUCAUGCUGCAGGAUUAGAGGAGACCAACAUUGUUUCAAAAACCCUUUCUGCCUAUCUGUGAAUCCACUGAACUGAAAUAUUACAUGAACCUGGUCACACUUUUUUUCUAGAACAAUUAAUACUUUUUUAUUUCUACUCCUUAUGUUGUUGAACAAGCUUAUUAAUGCAUCAUUUCGCCAAUGAAUUUUCUCUCCAAGAAAAAAAAAAAUUAACUACUCUUCAGCAGAAAUCAUUUUGCUACCUUAAAAUCAUUCUUAACCGGAACUUUAACCAAUCACGAAUACUAGAGGCAAUUUGCACUAAAACAGUUGACAAUAUAUAGACCUCAUCAACAAAUGUUCUUAAGUAUUUUCAACACCAAGAAAUGAAUCAGCACUGAAAAAAAUCCAUAGGUUUUUUUUUUCUUAAAUUCAGUCAUGGCCAAUAGGAAGCAGGGAGAUAGAUGGACUGCAAAAAGAGUAACUACUAAGUAAAUUCUACCUAAGUCACCCUUGAUUACCAAGUGGCACAAAACACUAACUACUAAAAUUGUCUAUAUAUAUAAAAAAAAUCUCACUGCAACAAACUAUGUGCCUGUAAUUUUAAAGCACUCUGUAGAGGGCUCUUGCAACUUUUUUUUUAAAUUGAUGUGCACUCUUCUUUCGUACAUUUGUUGAGUGCUUGUUUAGACAGCACAAAUAAGUGCAGAGAGUGCAUUUCCUAGCCUUAAUAUGGGAGGGGUAAUUUCCUGUAGCUCAUAGGCUUUUAUUAUUGUGCAUAAAUAUUAAAGACCUCAUUUACUAAUCAAUUUAUGUCUUUAAAUAUCUACAAUUGAUGUUUUUCAGUCAUCCUUAUUCAUCUGAUCUUAGUGUCCAGUGUCAUGCUUACUCAACAGUGACUUCAAAGAGAUAAUUAAAAGAAAAAGAUAAAAUAGAAAAAAAUGCUAAAUGAUGAGUUCAUUUGUUUGUUAUUUGCAUUUGAUAUUAGUGCUUGCAAUUGUAUUGGAAAUCAAAAGCUGUUUUUUAAAAGCAUACAUAGUUACAAAGGAUGCCAUUAUUUUAUUUCAUGUAAUUUAAAAAAAGAUAUGCUAAAAAAUUUGCACAGCACUAAAGCAUGAGGUAGUUUCAUCUAAACUUGUAAAAAUUAUAUAAAGAUUUUAUAUUUUUUCUACUAGGGAGAAAUCUUCCUAGUUGAAAGUAAAAAAUAUGUAGAAUAUAUUUAAUUAAAAAAACUUAUAAAAACAUGGCUAUAGAACUUAAGUAUAGAUUGGCGGGUAAAAUAAUACAAUAAACUAUAUAAAUAGAUCUAGGCUUUUAAAGAUGCAGACUGACAUUGUGUUCUGUAUUUGAGUCCAUAGCCAUUACAAACGUUCCGUGUUUUGAAUGAUCUUCAUUUAAAUGUAAUCAGGUUACUUUAUUCAAUGUUACUGCUUUGAGAAAAUGCUUUAUAUGCAGUAGGCCUACAAAGAUAUUGUUCAUAAUGAUCAAAAUUAAAUUUGUAUAGAGCAGAGUUUUAAACAAAUUGUAAAUAGCACUAAACAUUUUCCUUCUGCAACCUGUACUGAUAGAUUCUUCUGUAAACUAAAUAAAAGAAGAAUAUUGUAGUGUA